AUGUCCGCAAACAAGGUGAGCAUCUCGUUCGCGUCUGUGCCCUAUGACCGGAUGCAGGCCCUCCAGCAAGGAGAAGUCAAGGCGGAGGGCAUCGACCUCAACUUCAUCUCGGUAAACCACCCUCGAGACAUCUUCGACCGCAUGUCCGGAGGCAUGGAGUUUGAUGCUUCGGAGUUGUCCUUGAGCGAGUAUAUCUGCCAAUAUGCAGCGGGGAAGAGAGACUUCACAGCCAUCCCCGUCUUCCCGUCUCGGGCCUUUCGGCACGGAUUCGUAGCCGUGAACACGAAGACCAUCGCCUCGCCGAGGGACCUCAAUGGCAAGAAGAUCGGCGUGCAACUAUACACGAUGACCGCAGCGGUCUGGAUCCGAGCCGUGCUCCAGCAGCACGGCAUCGACCUCUCAUCAAUCCACUGGACCCAAGGGUCCAUGGAAUCAGGGCACUCCCACGGGGAACCGGCAGUCAUGCCGCUCGUCAAGCCAGUCGACAUCACGCCGAACGAAACAGGCAAGUCACUGAGUCAGCUUCUCGAGGACGGCGAGAUCGAUGCUACGAUCGGGGCAGACCUGCCAAAUUGCCUGGGAAAGGCGCAGCAUGUGAAGAGGUUGUUUCCGGAUUUCAAGGAAAGGGAGAAGAGAUAUUUCAAGGAAACAGGAAUCUUUCCCAUCAUGCACGUCGUGGUAGUCAAGACCGAAAUCCUGCAGAGACACCCCUGGAUGGCGACAAGCCUGUACAAUGCACUGGAUGACUCAAAGGAGGUGGCGCGGCUGCGGAUGAGAUUUCUGGAUUAUCUGCGGUACAUGUUUCCACGGCUGCCCGCGGAAUUGGACGAGAUUGACGAGGUCUUCCCGGGCGGCGAUCCGUGGGUGAACGGCAUCGAGCCGAAUAGAAAGACACUGGAUGGGCUUGUCGAGGCACUCCAUGAUCAAGGAUUGAUCGCAGAAAAGCCGAGCACUGAUAUGUUAUUUGCUCCUGUGCGUGGACAGAACUGGAAAAUUGGAUUGGGCACCGCUCUGGUUACCAGAUGA